GUAGCUGUUAAAAACAAAAGGCCUUGGCAAACCGUGGACUGUAUGCCCUGCAGGGGGUUGAGAUGAUCAACUCACAGCAGAGGUAGCUGAAAAUAAAAGAUUUUUCUCUUAUGCCAGCGCUCUCCUAUGCAAAUGACUGCUGCUGCUGCGGCUGCUGCUGCUGCUGCGCACUAACAAUGAACUAAGUAAAUUUCUGCAAGCUCAAGAAACCUUGACCUCCUCAUUAUUCUCCGCCUUGAACCCGGGCCCGCAGUUCAUUGAAAAGCGACAUUGUUUCUUUAAGAUUGGACUUGCAGUCAUCAGCGGGUCUGUCCAUUGUUGGGGGAACAGAAAGCGAGUUGAGAUUGAUAUACGGGGGACGAAGACAAGUUGCGCAUAUUAUCAGUGGAGCAGCUGCAGUGCAAGCAGCAGUAGCCAACAAGUCCUGAACGCAUCCGUCCAGACAUGGGUUGCUAUGACUGCUGUAUGCGUUGCCUGGGUGGGGUGCCAUACUGCUCCCUGGUAGCCACACUGCUGUGUUUCUCUGGCAUUGCCCUGUUCUGUGGCUGUGGGCACCAGGCACUCACAGAGACAGAGAGACUCAUCGAGACCUACUUUGCCCGCAACCUUCAGGACUACAUUACCCUCGCCUACAUCAUUCUGUACUUCCAGUAUGUUAUCUAUGGUCUGGCCUCCUUUUUCUUCCUCUACUGCAUCGUGCUGCUGGCUGAGGGCUUCUACACCACAAGUGCUGCCAAACAAACCUUUGGAGAGUUCAGAAGCACCAUGUGCGGCCGCUGCCUCAGCUCCUCGUUUAUAGUGGUGACAUAUGUACUCGCUGUACUGUGGCUGUUGGUGUUUGCCUUCUCCGCGCUGCCCGUCUACUUUUUCUACAACAUGGACGCCACCUGCCACACCAUUGACGUUCUGACUGAGACCCCGGCGAGUAUCAACCAGCUCUGUGUUGAUGCCAGGCAAUACGGGCUACUGCCAUGGAAUGCAGUGCCGGGGAAAGCUUGUGGCAUGACUCUGUCCUCUGUUUGCAAGACCAGAGAGUACCGAAUGACCUAUGAUCUCUACAUUGCUGCCUUCGCCGGUGCGGGCAUCACUCUGCUGGCUCUGCUGACCUAUAUUGUGUCAACCACCUAUAAUUUUGCGGUUCUGCGGCAUCUGGGGAGGAAGGGCAUAGGGGCACGGUGUUAGAUUCACCAGCUUCUUGUCUGCGCUGUAACCACUGCACAUCAAACAUGGGGACCAAAAGGGACGGCAACAAUUUUCUACUUCCACUUCCUCUCCGCACAGCCACCUGUAGUGUUGGCUCCUUGGGCCAUGGACUCAUUUACCAAUCUGUUGUUGUUCUCACCAGAAUGUCUCUCUGUUUUUACUCUCCUGUUUUUUGUAAGAAUAUCGCUGAAGUACUAAUUUUACUAGGUCUGUUUGUUUAUUUUUUUCAUUGUUUGCUGCUUUGACGUAGGUCUUCAAUUUCAGUGUUUUUAGCGCUUGCUUUUUUCCCCAUGUCACCAAAAUGUAUGUAGAUAUUUGUUCUUAUUCAUUGAGAUUAGUAUGUAAAAUACCUUUAAGCUUCCCAACACUCCAAAUUCAAAUAACACACCGCUAACAAAAUAACAUAGGUAAGAAGUAACAAUGAGUUUGUUUUGCAAUGCAUGCGCGGAUAGAAGCGUUAUGGGAAAUAAGGAUUAUAGGUUACCAUGGCUACCAUCCCAUCACAUCUGGUUACCAUGGUGGCAGACAAGCAUGCAUUCGCAGUCUCACUCUGACCUCGGGACUUUUCUCACGGGCUUGAGAAAAGCCUCAACAAUGGAGUCAUGCCUACUUUAAAAGCCGACCAAUGAGAGGCCAGUUGUGGGGGCCACCUGCAUUAGGAGUCUCUGCCAAGGGUUAUAUUACGUGUCAAAGGAGAGGGUCUUCUGGACAAAGAGAGGGUAAGACUUCCCAAAAGCCUGAAUACAGCUCUUCUGUGACAGCAAGCGUACACACAACACAGCCACACACACUCCCCUCUGAUAAAGGCAGCGAUGGAUUGGAGCGCAAUGAGCGAGAGAACUAUGGGGAUAUUAGAAUUGUUUGAUUGGUUUUGUUCCAAAGAAGGGACACACUUGUUUAGUUGGCUUAUUAUACUGAUCUAGAAAGGUCUGAAAUUGUAUAUCUCAUCAUUUUGAGAUGGAUAUGAAGUGCUGCAGGUGCUUACUUAACUAGCAAACCUCAUGUUAUUAGAUGAAAGCACAUUGUUGAGGUGGGACUCCUGCCUGCUGUUAAUGCAUGACUGAGGUACUGUUAUAGAGAUAGGACAGCUUCGUUUUGUCUCUAAUUCUAUAGGAAUUUUUUGUAGUUAUUGUAUAACUUCUUUUUACUCACUUUAGGUAAAUGUGCUACUGAUUAUUAAUUUACUCGUUGGGCAUUACUAACAAAACCUUUUAGAAUAUUAAAAUUUGGUGGAAGCUUUACCCAGCUGUGGAGUGUUGGCUUUAUGAAGUACCAGCUGGCUGUUUGUUAAAUUUUUUUAAUGUGUUGGUAAUAUUUCAUAAUAAAAGAAUAUUCUUUGA